AUGACAUCGUGGUGGAAGCCAACAUUGGUUCCGGCAACACGCAACCAUGGUACGAGCCUAAAGUGGGAAGUAUCGCUUGAGUUUUUAGAUUUGAAGCCGGCUAGAUCUAUAAUCGCAGCCUCGGUUGACGUAGGAAUAUCAUAUCUUGCGGAAUUUUCUAGGGCAAAGUCUCGACGAAAGCUCCAAGUCUCGCAGACUGCAUCCGGCAAUAACUAUUCUGAAGGAUCAACCUGCAAUCCAUAUCAGAAGCAUCAACACCGCCUUUGGUCUGAAGAUGUUCUGGAUCCCCUUAGUGUGCCUCUGGACUAUGUUGAUGAAGUUGAUGAAGUCGUUGCCGCAGCUGAAGGUAAUGCAGCAGCAACUAACCUUGUUGCAGCAGCUAAAGUUGCUCUUAUUGAUGUGGAUGAAGUUGCAGCUGGUGCGUUUGACAAAGUUGCUCCCGUUGAUGAAGAAGUUGCAGUUGGUGCCGGUGAUGAAGUUGAUGAUGUUGGAGCUGAAAAUGCAAUUAAUGAAGUGGACUGCCUAGUGCUGAUCAAGUGA